AUGUGGUUUAUGAAUUUAUCGCCUGUACAUCUGGCCGGCUGGUGGCGCAAUGGCAUCAGCACCGGGCUCUGGGGCAAAGGCUUCCGAGUCCAAAUCCAAGCCGGGCCACCCCCGAGCACGCUUUCCAUCCGUGCAGGGCUGAAUGCCGAGAACAUGUCACUCCAGAGAUGGAUAGGAUUCAUAGUCCUUGCCCAGAUGGUCUGGGGAUUCACUGGAAAUGUACUAGCCAUGACAGAGCAGAAGAAAGGCGUGGACGGCAGAACACAGAAGGAAAGAGAAUUGGCGGAGGAGACAAAUCCUCUCAGGACGGUGGUCCUAUUGGCGUGCCUGCAACUGGGCUCCGCCUACAGACUGGUUUGUUACUUCACAAACUGGGCUCAGUACCGACCCGGGGAGGGGAAAUACCUGCCCAGCAAUGUGGACCCCUGCCUGUGCACGCACAUCAUCUACGCCUUCGCCGGGAUGAAGAGCAACCAGAUCUCCACCUACGAAUGGAACGACCCGAAACUCUACCACGAAAUCAACAGCCUGAAGAACAAGAAUGGAAACCUCAAGACUCUGUUGUCCAUUGGAGGCUGGAACUUUGGAACUCAGAAAUUCAGCGCCAUGGUGGCCUCGGCGGGAACUCGCCAGAUCUUCAUCAAGUCUGUGAUCAGCUUCCUGAGGGGUUAUGGCUUUGAUGGUUUGGACAUCGAUUGGGAAUAUCCUGGGUCUAGAGGGAGUCCUUCCGUUGAUAAGCACCUCUUCACCGUUCUGGUCCAGGAACUGAUGGCAGCCUUUGAGGCUGAGGGUAAGAGCAGCGGGAAACCAAGACUGUUGCUGUCAGCGGCCGUGGCUGGAGGGAAGAGUAACAUCGAUACUGGCUAUGAAGUUUCUCAGAUUGGACAGGUUCUGGACUUCAUCAAUGUGAUGACCUACGAUUUUUAUGGACCCUGGAGUCGGAUGACUGGGGAGAAUAGCCCCCUCUACGCCCUCCCCAAUAACCAGGAUCAGACCAACCUGUACUUCAAUGUGGACUAUGCAAUGAACUAUUGGAAGAACAAAGGAGCCCCAGCAGAGAAGCUCAACGUUGGCUUCCCCACAUACGGACACUCCUUCCGGCUGACCACAUCCAACACCGGGGUCUUAGCCCCAGCAGGAGGGCCAGGGCCAGCUGGCAAAUACACCAGGCAGGCCGGGUUUUUGGCUUACUAUGAGAUCUGUACGUUCUUGAAUGGCGCCAGCAAGGUGUGGGACGCCCCACAGAUGACUCCGUACACCUUCAAAAAUGGAAUCUGGGUCGGGUAUGACAACCAGAAGAGCUUCGGAGACAAGGUUGAGUGGCUGAAGAAGAACAACUUUGGAGGAGCCAUGGUGUGGGAUCUUGCCCUGGACGACUUCACUGGCGCCUUCUGUCACCAGGGACCCUACCCUCUCAUUAACACGCUGCACAGUGGCCUUGGGAUUUCUGGAGCUUGUACUCCAUCGAAGACCACACUCGCGCCUGUUGCUCCCCCCACUAAUGCCCCUAGUGGUGGUGGUGGUGGUGGCAGUAGUGGCAGCGGCAGCAGCGGUGGAUCCGGAUUCUGCGCUGGCAAAGCCAACGGCAACUACCCUGACCCGAGUAACCCCCACAAGUUCUUCGGAUGCCUCAAUGGGAAAACCUACGUGAAAAGCUGCCCCGUUGGACUCGUCUACCAGGCUUCCUGCAACUGCUGCAACUGGGCAUGA